ACUUUUCAAUAAUGUUGAACUAUGUAUUUUGUUUCCUCUCUUAAUCUUUUUUCAUUUUUGUCCCAAAUAUCAAUACCUAAUCUGCCAAACUCAAAACCAACUUCUUUUUUCUCAAUUCUCCUCUUAUAUUUUUCUCCCUAUAUAAACUCAAACUCCUCCAAGCUUCUCUUCAUAUCCCUCUCUACAUUUUUAACCAAAUUAAAAACAUACAUUUGGCGCUAUGGCCGCGGCAUCAUCGCUCACUGCCACUCUAUCUCAUUAUUUCUUUGGAGUUUUGCUUCUGUUGGCUUCGGCGGCCUUGUGCUUGGCCCACCCACAAACACAUCGCCAUCAAUUUAUUAUUCAAGCUACACCAGUGAAGAGGCUGUGCAAAACCCAUAAUGCCAUUACGGUGAAUGGGCAGUUCCCUGGACCGACCUUGGAGAUCAGCAAUGGUGAUACUCUCAUUGUCACUGUCAUCAACAAAGCCAAGUACAACGUUACUAUUCAUUGGCAUGGAAUUAGGCAGUUAAGAACUGGGUGGGCUGAUGGACCGGAGUUCGUGACUCAGUGCCCAAUCAGACCUGGAGGAAGCUAUACUUACAGGUUUACCGUACAAGGACAAGAAGGGACUCUAUGGUGGCAUGCUCAUAGCUCGUGGCUUCGGUCUACAGUUUAUGGGGCGUUGAUCAUACGCCCAAGAGAGGGAGAUUCGUACCCUUUCCCAAAACCAAACCGCGAAACAACACUACUAAUGGGCGAAUGGUGGGAUGCAAACCCUAUUGACGUGGUGAGACAAGCCACGAGAACAGGAGCAGCUCCUAAUGUUUCCGAUGCUUACACUUUCAAUGGUCAACCUGGUGACCUCUAUAAAUGCUCUAACAAAGAUACGAUAAUCGUGCCCAUAGAUUCCGGCGAGACCAAUUUACUGAGAGUGGUAAACUCCGCCUUGAAUCAGGCACUGUUUUUCACGGUGGCUAACCACAAGCUGACGGUGGUCGGAGCCGACGCCUCAUACACAAAGCCCUUCACCACCUCUGUUCUAAUGCUAGGCCCUGGCCAAACCACCGACGUUUUAAUCUCCGGCAACCAAGCUCCUUCCCGGUACUACAUAGCCGCACGCGCUUACCAAAGCGCCCAAAACGCACCGUUUGGCAACACCACCACAACCGCCAUUCUCGACUACAAAUCCGCCCCUUGCCCCGCCAAGAAAGGCGCCCCCUCCAUCAAACCAAUCAUGCCUUUUCUCCCUGCCUUCAACGACACCGCCACCGUAACCGCCUUCAGUCGGAAAUUCCGCAGCCCAAGACCGGUCCCAGUCCCGACCAAAAUCGACGAAAAUCUAUUCUUCACCGUUGGCUUAGGACUCAAUAAUUGCCCACCUAAUUUCAAACCCAGCCAAUGCCAGGGCCCCAACGGCACUCGAUUCACGGCCAGUAUGAACAAUGUCUCCUUUGUUCUUCCUUCGAACAUCUCGAUUCUUCAAGCCUUCCAACAGGGGAUUCCCGGCGUCGUUACCUCUGAUUUCCCGGCUAACCCACCGGUGAAAUUCGAUUACACCGGCAACGUUAGCCGAUCGCUUUUUCAACCUGUACCCGGUACUAAAGGGUAUAGAUUGAAAUAUGGGUCGACUGUACAAGUUGUGUUGCAGGACACUAGUAUUGUAACGCCCGAAAAUCACCCGAUUCAUCUCCACGGUUACGAUUUUUACAUUAUCGCCGAGGGAUUCGGGAAUUUCAACCCGACAACCGAUACUAAAAAAUUCAACCUGGUUGACCCUCCUCUUAGAAACACUGUGGCUGUCCCUGUCAAUGGUUGGGCCGUCAUUCGAUUCGUCGCCGAUAACCCAGGUGCUUGGAUAAUGCAUUGUCACUUAGACGUGCAUAUCACGUGGGGGCUGGCGAUGGUGUUUCUGGUGGAUAAUGGAGUUGGACAAUUGCAGUCAAUAGAGGCUCCGCCGCCGGAUCUUCCCAUAUGCUAAGAUCUGAAUAAUAACAGCAUCAAUCUUUUUAGUUUAUAUAUUAUACCAAUUUAAAUGUUUUUUUUUUGUAGCUUUUAAUUCAAAUUAGUUUGUGAGUUUUUCUUAUUUUCUUGGUAUUGUUUCCCCUGCAUUAGGGGUAUAGAAUAUGCUCUGUUUCAUUGUUCUUUUUCAUUAUAUAAAGUGGUUAUUUCGAUUACCAAAUA